UUCAUCAUGACUGUACCUGUAACGUGAGGCGGUUAUACUUAUAGCAUGGUGGGCGGGGUUACAACCAUUAUGGGCGGGUCUUUCUCUGUGAAGACUUCUUCUCUAGGCGCAAUGGAGAGAGGAGGCGGGGCCGGAUCCCGGAAGUGUUGUGUGUAUGUGUCAGGCUAAGCCAGCCAAGGCAGUGAGCUGAGAGUGUCAUCCAAGCUACUGAAAGUCACAAGAAACCACAAUGGCCACCCACCUGAAGUACAUCUCUUUAGGGAUCCUAGUGUUUCAGACCACCAGUUUAGUUCUCACCAUGCGCUACUCUCGCACCCUGAAGGAGGAGGGGCCAAGAUACUUAUCUUCAACUGCUGUAGUGGCUGCAGAGGUGCUUAAAAUUCUAGCCUGCAUCCUUCUGGUAUAUAAAGAAAGCAGUUGUAGUCUACGAGCCUUGAACCGAGUCCUUAAUGAUGAAAUAAUUAAUAAACCAAUGGAAACACUAAAGCUUGCCAUACCUUCUGGGAUCUACACCCUACAGAAUAACCUCCUGUAUGUUGCACUGUCCAACCUUGAUGCAGCCACCUACCAGGUCACAUAUCAACUCAAAAUCCUCACUACUGCGCUAUUUUCCGUCUCAAUGCUUCAAAAAAAACUUACAAGAUUUCAGUGGCUUUCUUUAGUAAUCCUUAUGGCCGGUGUAACGCUUGUUCAGUGGCCCACGGAUUCCCCCAGUUCACCAUCGAAGGAAGUAUCCGCAGGCUCUCGCUUUGUAGGGCUAAUGGCUGUCCUCACUGCCUGCUUCUCCAGUGGUUUUGCCGGUGUCUACUUCGAAAAGAUUCUUAAAGAAACAAAGCAGUCGGUGUGGAUUAGGAAUAUACAACUUGGUUUCUUUGGUGGCAUAUUUGGUCUCAUGGGAGUCUUCGUUUAUGAUGGAGAGCAGGUUUCCAAGGAAGGAUUCUUUCAAGGAUACAAUAAUCUGACCUGGAUAGUUGUGGCACUUCAGGCUCUUGGUGGAUUGGUCAUUGCUGCUGUAAUUAAAUAUGCUGAUAAUAUCCUAAAAGGCUUCGCCACCUCUCUCUCCAUCAUUCUGUCAACACUAAUCUCCUACUUUUGGCUACAGGACUUUGUCCCUACCAGUGUGUUUUUCAUUGGGGCGAUAUUUGUGAUUUCGGCUACUUUCCUCUAUGGCUACGACCCUAAACAGUCUACAAACCCUAUUAAAGCAUGAUGUCUGGAGUACAGGGAAGUAUUUCUCCAGAGUGCAGCCAUGCUACUCCAAAGACGGCCCGGGACUCCUGAGUGGAGGAGGAAUGAAGCCAGAAAUGCCGUGUAUGGAGAGCGUCGACACCGCAGGAUAAGGCACUGCUGCUCCCUUUUUUCGUGUGUGUGACUGAUCCUAGUUUACGAUAAAAGAAAAUUUCUAUAAUAUGUGAAUACUUGAACUGGGAAGCAUUGAUUUAUAUUUUCAGGGUUGCUGCACAGAACUCUCCUGAUCAGAUAUGAUGCAGUGUUUUUUUUCUAUGGAAUAUCUAAACUAUUGCAAAUGGAUUUUUAAUUUGGUGGUUCUUGGGCUUGGAUUUGGGGAUUUAGCCACCAUGCGUCUGACCGCCGAUUAAUUCAAAGGGGCAGCUUCAAAGAGAUGGAAAAUGCUCUUUUCCCAUUUUUUACCGAAGAGACAAAACAAUACUAUAGGAUGUGUUUUGUAUAUAUUUGAAUGUCUCAUGGUCUUUGCGGGUGGGAAUGUCUACAUUGUACAGACUAUUAUAAGGGUAAUUAAAUUCAUUUUUACCAAAUUUGUGUUUAAAUCUAUUAUGUCAUUAGCGAUUGCUCUGUCCUCAGGGAAAAACACUUUAAAAGUCUUCCUGCUAGCCACACACAAUGGUGGCAUCCACUUUGUGGUUUGGACCAAUAUUUGUGAAACUGCAAUUUGUCAAUAAACUAUGAGCAGUGACAUCA